AUGGCGCUGCACAUCCUGGACGCGGCCCAGCGACUGCAAGAGGGGCCGCUUAAAGAGGACGAUACAGAGGCGCUCGCGUCCAUCUUCACGUGUGACAGGCACGGGAACAAUGUGCUGCAUCUCGCAGUGAUCCGAGACCUGCCCGACGUCUACGACUUCGCGCUGCGG